AUGUCUGACUUGUUCAAAGCUUUCAACAAGAUCUUGGGCCAACGCCAACGUGCUACUAUGGCUUAUCGACCCCAAGCUAAUGGAUCCGCAGAGGGGAUGGUCCAGACAACUACCAGAGCUCUUAAGAUGUAUGUGCAGGAUCUGGAUCAACCGGAACGGCUCACUUUCGCGAUCAGCACCGCAAGAGACCAGAUCCAGGGUGAAACUCCUUUCUACAUGAUACAUGGCUGGGAUCCUAGAUCUACUCUGGAAGCGGUGAUCCCGGUGGGGGCACUCGCAGGCAUGAUCGCGAUCCAAGCAGGUGACGCUAUCAGAUGCAAAACUAUUACCAACACACUUGAGAACAAGUUAACCAGCGGUUACGCGAAGAUAUCACGGAUCGAGCUGACGCACAUAGUGAUCUGUUGUAAUUGGAUCGAGAAUGCGAAGAAACUGGCGCAGUUAUGGCAUGUGCCAUUUCGCGUCGCUGAGAAGAUCGGAGGGUAUGCAGUGAAGUUGGAGAUUGCAGGAUCAAUGUACGGCAUCUUUCCGGUGGUACAUGUCUCGACGAUCAAACCUGUCAGGAUGUUCCCAGAUCGACCUGUAGCUCACAUAAUGGAGUCGGAUACAGAUCGAGUUAAAUUCGAUGAAACUCUCCUACCUGAAGACAGUUGGAUCCAAGAUCGAGAUCUAGAUGAAUAUGAAGUGGAUCGAAUUUCCGAUAUGAGGACUGGUAAAAGGACAAGAUACGCUGGCGUGGAUAUGAAGAUCCGACAUGGGUGGAUGAAGCAGAUCUCAACUGCGGCGCCCUACUUUAUGAGUUUCUGCGAGACCGCACUAAUCGUAACAGGUUUGGUGUGA